AUGAUUUAUUUCUCUGGGUUUCCCACCCGCUUCCCGCAUAGGCAGCCCGUGUGCGUCUGCGCCACACGCUGCAAUCCGCUGCCUCAUGUCAAGGCUUGAUUUCUUUCCAGCUGAUUCACGAAAAAAAACACCAUUCCUUUGCCUAUUGGGUGGAUUCCUCCUACAGGAGCUUGCCUGACACGGCGAAUGUGGCGUUUUUCAGCAAUCAUAGGCGUGGUUUUGGAUGGAGAUGCUCGCUCUGCUCCCGCUGGGAUCCCCACCUGCCGUCACAUCGCGUUUGUCACCGGGCCAGUUGGUAUUUUCCUGAGCCGCUAGGGCGCGAAUUUGAUGAGAUUUUGUUUUUUGUCACAGAGGAUAGCAUAUUGAUUUUCUAUCCGGGGGUGUAGCGCAAUUACAGCGCUGUGGACGUGAGGGGCGCCCGGUUUUAUCACCUCCAGAUCGGCGGCAGCGGCGGGGCACGUACGGCAGCACUGAGCGGAGAUAAACAAGAAAAGAGCGGACGACGCAAGGUUUAGUGGGAAAGGAAGAAGAGAGGAGACUCCGGUUCAUGUGCAGGGCUGUUCGACGCGCACGUCGUGCCCGCAGCAGUCCGGAAAGAUGGAAAACACACGCAGAAAAUCGCCCUGGCUCUGCGUACUCGUAGUGGCGUCUGUUUUACUCGUAGUGGACGGCAAGAGAGCCCGGCAGCCCCGCUGUCCCGCUUCAUGUACGUGUACCAAAGAUAACGCGCUGUGUGAGAGCGCAGCCACGAUUCCCCGCGGUUUUCCCAACGAUGUCAUAUCACUGUCCUUCGUCAAGUCUGAAUUCACUGAAAUCCCAAAAGAGAGCUUCAUCCACACGCCUGCCCUGCAUCUCCUCCUCUUCACAGCAAAUAACCUGGAGUCUAUAAGUGAGGAUGCUUUCCUCGGCCUUCCCCAUCUGGAGUAUCUGUUCAUCGAAAACAACCAAAUCUCCUCAAUUUCACCCAAUGCUUUCCGUGGACUAAAAACCUUAGUGCAUCUGAGUCUGGCCUACAACAAUCUGGAGACUCUGCCCAAGGAUUUGUUCAAGGGUCUCGAGGCUUUGACAAAAGUAGAUCUGCGAGGGAACCAGUUCACCUGUGACUGUAAGCUCAAAUGGCUGGUGGAGUGGAUAUAUAACACCAACGCCACAGUAGACCAGAUUUACUGCAAAGGCCCGGCCUCACAGAUGGACAAGAAGAUCAACGAUCUGGUACCACAAUCGUUUGACUGCAUCACAACAGAGUUUGCUUCCUACCAGUCCCUGAAGUUUGAGUCCAUAUCAGUGGAGGCCUUUUCCUUUGGGAGUGACCAGUAUGUGGUGUUUGCUCAGCCCUUCAUUGGGAAAUGCAGCUUUCUCGAGUGGGAUCAUGUGGAGAUGGUCUUCAGACACUUUGAUGAUAUUGACAGCACAUCCACCGUCAUCUGCAAACCACUGGUCAUUGAUAACCAGCUCUUUAUCAUUGUGGCUCAGCUGUUUGGCGGCUCACACAUCUACAAGCGUGACACAUCUGCCAAUAAAUUCAUAAAGCUCCAAGGCAUUGACAUCCUUAAAAUCCGCAAACCAAAUGACGUUGAGACGUUCCGCAUUGAUGGAGAAUCAUUCUUCGUCAUAGCUGACAGCUCCAAAGCAGGAUCCACUACCAUCUACAAGUGGAACGGCAACGGCUUCUACUCUCAUCAGUCGCUCCACCCGUGGUACAGAGACACCGACGUGGAGUACAUGGAGAUCUCCUCCAAACCGCAUCUCAUCUUGUCUAGCAGCUCUCAGAGGCCGGUCAUCUACCAGUGGAACAAGACCACCAAGCUGUUCGACAGGCGCACAGACAUCCCAGAGAUGGAGGAUGUCUACGCAGUGAAGCACUUCCAGGUCAAAUCAGACCUCUACAUCUGUCUGACGCGCUUCAUCGGCGACUCCAAAGUGAUGCGCUGGGACGGGGCGCUCUUCAGGGAGCUGCAGACCAUGCCUUCUCGAGGCUCCAUGGUAUUCCAGCCUUUUACUGUGGGCAGCUGGCAGUACGCCAUCCUGGGCAGCGAUUACUCGUUCACACAGGUGUACCGCUGGGAUGCAAAGAAAGGCGAGUUCGUCCACUUCCAGGAGGUGAACAUCCAGGCACCCAGGGCCUUCUCGCCAGUCUCCAUAGACAACCGACAGUUCCUGCUGGCGUCAAGCUUCAAAGGGAAAACUCAGAUUUAUGAGCACCUGGUCAUCGAUCUCAGCAACUGAGCCCUUUCUUUCGUGACUGGUUGAAUAUUUGAGUGUUUUCUGAGAUUGCUGAACAAAACAGAGAGGGAUAAUUUGAUCCUAAAUUGAGCAUGGCAGGCAUUUCUCUUCUCUAAAAUCUUCAAAUGAAUCGAGUGAAUGUUAAUACAAAUGCAUGCAUCUCAACCAAACCCAUCUGGCUGAGAUGGAUGCGGAGUUGAAUGCCUACUCAAGCUAGGAUUAGACCCGGUAUGUUGCCAAGACAUUAAUGCAUGACCAGGGCCUCACACAGGCCAUCUCAUCCUGAUGAAUGCAGCACCCAUGCCCAUAGAUCCAUUCAAUGUCGCAUCGGCCAGUAGGUUAUUUUUCUGUGUUCGGCUUUUCAUGUGACUCAGCAAUGUUUAUACAUUUGUAAUCUCAUAUAUUUAUCUACAGAAAUUAAUAAUGAAAUGGUACUUUUUAACCUAUUAACAUAUUUAACUGAACAAAUCUGCCAAAACGAAAUGUUUACAAAUUUUUUCUCUUUUCACUUUUAAGCUUAAAGAUUUGUAUUUGAGUGACACUUUUGUAAGUUUAAGAGGGACCACUACAGUUAGCUACUCAUUUGUUAAGAGUUAUUGUUUAAACUUUUGUUUUUAAUUUGGAAACUGUUGGAAAAUCUUUUGAAAAUGUCCUUGCUAGUUACACUUUUAUUGUUGAUGGUUUUUAAAGUUAAAGUAUUGAAAAUACAGUUUUUCAUAAGAAUUAUGGGGGAGAUUUUUGGGGACACUUGGAACUAUUUUCUCACACUUAAUGGACCUGAAAUGACAAACAGAGGAUAUUCUUCAUAAUGUUUGACUAACAUGUGUACAAGCGUUUGUCAUGAUUACAAUUAAGUUAACUAAUAUCAUGCUGUUUAGAAUCAAUAAAAGUUUACAUUAUUAAA